CACGAUUGCCUGUUUCCUGUUCCCAUCUCUCAUCACCAUCCCAUCCUCCAUCCCAUUCAACCUUCCCCCUUAACCUUAUGCCGACCGAUUUCCCCUGUUCGUCGAGCAAUUGAGCGAGCGCGAUGCGAUUGAAAUUUCUGGCCGGACUGGCCGUGCUUGGACUGGUGACGGCGAAGGACAGCGUCAGCUCGAUGUUCAUCUACGGCGCCGACGAACAGCCGCUGGUGGCCUCCAUCGUUGGAAAUGAUGCCACCGUCACCAGCUAUAAUAUUAAUUGCCGCCCGGGGACCGACGACUCCGAUUGCGGCAUGGGCGCCGGAGUCACGCUCUUGGCCGACGACCCCAUGACGACGUAUAUGAUGGACGAUCCCAGUGGCGGCAAAUUCUUCGCGAUAAUAUGUUCCGUCGAUCAGAAAGACUCAACGGCUGUCUGCAGAGCAACCGUUAGCACCUCCUCCGGCUCGAGCACCGCUCUUCACACCUCCACGACGACAACGCGCUUUUCGCGAUUACCAGUGACGAUAACGGGCGGCGAGAUCACCAGUGCGACUCCCACGUGGCCGGGGACGAGUACCUCUCAUGCCACGGCGACAGGGACAGGGACGACGACGCAGACGGGGUCCAGCUCCACAAGUAGUGGUGGUGGAAUGGCCAGGGUGACGGGCGAUACGGGGAUGAUGCUGGGGGCGGCAGCGGUGGGCCUAGCAGCUCUGCUUUAGACAUUGGGACUGGAAAAUAGACUAGAUUAGACUGUUUCUCAUGUAUGUCGCUCUGUAAUGUAUCCAGAUUAUGAUUAUGACGCCAGCGGCGGUCAGCGACAGCGCUGGCAAUUUGACUUCCGGGAUAUGGCCAUGUGGGAAACAGGCCUGAGCAAGCCCUGUCCAAGAUUGUUCAGGGAAAGUAUAUCACCUGCCGGAUGCAUUGCCGCAUGAUCAUGCACGUAUAUAGAGUGGAUAUCCGCGCUACUGGCCUGUCCUGCG